UUAAAACAAACUUGUUUAGAUUUUGCAGCAACUGAUGAUACUCUUUAAGGAAAAUAUGACCAAGCCUAAACUUUAGGGAUUUUUUUUUUAAAGUUAACUAUUUUGACUUAUUCCCAUAGCUCAGAGUCAAGCUGGUGUUAGGAUUCUAGAGACUGGCCUUUUGGAAACCUGAAGAUGUCAUCCACUCAGAAAAGCUGCACCAGUACCCUGUCACUAAAAGACAUAAUGGAAAAUGGGUUUUUGAUUGGUGCUUCUGGUUAUAGUUUCUCUCCAGGUAGCAGCUGUUUCCUGGAAAUGAACAUGGUCUCCAAAUUGGAUGCAUGGGACAGUGCAAGCAAUGUGACAAAAGGCAGCUCUCUGGUUCAAAAACUAACUGAAUCGUCUCUGAAUAGUUGGAAGGGUGACUUGCAGGCAUCGUUUGAUGGGGCUGCAUCCUUCUGCAAAACUCCAAACCAGCCAUGUGUCUUUGACUUGUCCAACUUGAGCUCUGCAAAUAACAGCAAAAAUAAUUCCAUAGCGGAUGUGUUCUGUGACACCAAGUCUUCUACCCCAUGCAAAGAAGAUAAACCUUCUAAACUAGCUGAGAACCUGUUGAAGAGCUCAGAAAGGAAUGACCCUGUAGUUUUCAAGAAGCUGCCACCGCCACCAGUCUGGGAGAUUUCUCGAAUACAAGACACUGUGGACCACAUGCUUUCUCUAGAAGCAAGCUUGGAAGAACUUGUGUCCUUGGGCUCCAUGAAAACUGACACACUGUCUCUAGAGAUGGCACAUUUUACUGUUCCUCUGUCUGGUAAUGGGGUAUCUGCUUCAAGAUAUCAGGCUCCUGCCCUGUGAUCUGAAGUUCUGUUGAGUGAACCAGAGCUUCAAGACAGAUUGCAAUUCCCUCUCCUAACAAAUGAACCAGAAAUAAAAAUCAAACUAGUCAUAACACUGUGCUAAAAACUAAGCCACCUGGUAUGCCUAGCACUUAGAAAACUUUAAUACAAUUGUUGGUUUUGUUGAAAGUACUGUAACUCUGAAAAUCUUUUCAAGCCUUGCUGUUAACUACACACCCUUACUUUUAAAGUGAUGAGCAAGUCUUAGAAAUUCCCGUAAGGACCCUGUUGCUAAAAGCAUGCUCAGUUGCUGCCAGGCUCAGUGUGGGUGCUGUUGACUGCAUUCUUGCUCAAGCCUUGCAACACAGCUAGAGUGGACUGAAAUAGGUGGUAAUCUGUGUAAAAGGUUGGUGGUGGUUUUAAUGUAGGGCAUGUUUGUAGAAAUGCAAAUAAAGACUGUUGUCACUGUCAA